CCCCAGAUCGCCAUCUCCAGACACCUCCGCAACACGAGUUCUCCAGAGAAUUCUUUAGAGACUUUUUGAGUAGGAGAAAAUCACUCCUGCACACUUGUCUAUCCCUCCCCUCACCGCUCCAACCACCGACUUGAGAUUCGUCUGUCGCUACACUGCCAGCCUGCCUUUUGCUCUCGAUUACUCGUCAGAAUCGUCUGGAAAGAAAGCGAUUCUCUGCCUCUCCAAGGGUUUCGGACACCGUGGAAGAAAUCACCGUCCCCCGCCCCUCGCUACUCACCCCCCCGGUCUUCACAUGCCGCCCUCGGCGUCUUCAGUGGAUUUUUCGAAUCUGCUGAACCCUCAGUCGACUCAAUCUACUACUCCUACCGCGGAACAAGACCCCAAGAUGGCCUCCUCGGUUAGUCUGCUGCCACCGCUCAUCAAGGGCACUCGCCCUGCGACGGAGGAGAUCCGUCAGGAUCUGCCGCGUCCCUACAAGUGCCCCCUUUGCGACCGGGCUUUCCAUCGUCUGGAGCAUCAGACCCGUCACAUCCGCACUCACACCGGCGAGAAGCCGCAUGCCUGCCAGUUCCCCGGCUGCACCAAGCGCUUCUCUCGUUCCGACGAGCUCACCCGUCACUCCCGCAUCCACAACAACCCCAACUCGAGGCGUGGCAACAAGGCGCAGCAUCUGGCUGCUGCCGCGGCCGCGGCCGCAGCUGGCGCCGGCGCCGGCGUUGGCGUUGGCCAGGACAAUGUGGCCGUCUCCGUCUCCUCCAUGAUGCCGCCGCCCAGCAAGCCCAUCACCCGUUCCGCCCCCGUCUCCCAGGUCGGCUCGCCAGACGUCUCGCCGCCGCACUCCUUCUCCAGCUACGCCACCCACAUGCGCUCGAAUCUGGGCCCCUACGCCCGCAACAGCGAGCGCGCCUCCUCCGGCAUGGAUAUCAAUCUGCUGGCCACCGCUGCCUCCCAGGUCGAGCGCGACGACCAUGCCUUCCCCAGCAGCCUGCGCUUGUUCGGUGCUCGCCAUCACCCGCACCACUCCUCCCUCAACGGCAACUCCCUCAACGGCACCUCUCUCAACGGCGGCAACCGGCUGCCCUCGUUGUCGGCGUACGCCUUCUCCCACAACAUGAGCCGCUCGCACUCGCACGAGGACGAUGAGGCUCACACCCACCGCGUGAAGCGCUCGCGGCCCAACUCGCCCAACUCCACCGCCCCGUCCUCGCCCACCUUCUCCCACGACUCGCUCUCCCCAACCCCGGACCACACCCCGCUGGCCACGCCAGCCCACUCGCCGCGCCUGCGGCCCCUCGGCGCCAACGAGCAGCUGCACCUGCCCUCCAUCCGCCACCUCUCCUUGCAUCACACCCCCGCCCUGGCCCCCAUGGAGCCCCAGCCCGAGGGUCCCCACUACUACAGCCCGGCCGCCGGCCACCACGGCCCAAGCAUCAGCGACAUCAUGUCGAAACCGGACGGCACCCAGCGCAAGCUGCCCGUCCCGCAGGUCCCCAAGGUCGCCGUCCAGGACAUGCUCAACCCCACCACCGGCUUCUCCUCCAUGCCCUCCUCCACCAACACCUCCAUCGCCGGGAAUGAUCUGGCAGAGCGAUUCUAACCAGCUCACUCUUCCUUCCCUUCCUUCCCCUUUCUCUCCUACUCUUUUUUUCUCAUGCAUCAUGACAUAGACUCUGCAUUCGCGUAUUUGGCAUCCUUGGUGUCAUGGAUGGAGGUUUAAGGCGUCCAUAGAGGGUUUUUAUUUUUCUUCUUUUCUUCUUGACCUGUUUUUUUCUUCUUUUUUUUUUUCUUUCUUCUUUUCAACUGAACUACAGAGACUCCAGCUUCCUAUUUUCUAUUUUCUUUUUUUUUCCCUCCUGUCUUCUGAUUGAUCUCCUCUCCUGGGACUGAAG